UGUCCCGGGAACAGCCCUCGGAGGCCGCGCGUUCCCUGUGCGCGCCAUGGGCAAGCGGGACCGGGCGGAGCGCGACAAGAAGAAGGCCAAGAGGCGGCACUACGAGGACGAGGAGGAAGAUGAAGACGACGCCCCUGGAAACGACCCGCAGGAGGCGGUGCCCUCGGCUGCGGGGAAGCAGGUGGAGGAGUCCAGCACGAAGCUGGACGAGUACGGAGCCAAGGACUACCGGCCGCAGAUGCCGCUGAAGGACGACCACCCCUCCCGGCCCCUCUGGGUGGCUCCUGAUGGCCACAUUUUCUUAGAAGCCUUCUCUCCAGUUUACAAAUAUGCCCAAGACUUCCUGGUGGCUAUUGCAGAGCCAGUGUGCCGGCCAGCCCAUGUGCAUGAGUACAAACUGACCGCUUACUCCCUGUAUGCAGCCGUCAGCGUGGGGCUGCAGACCAGUGACAUCACUGAGUACCUCAGGAAGCUCAGCAAGACAGGAGUCCCCGAUGGAAUUGUUCAGUUUAUUAAGUUGUGUACUGUCAGUUAUGGAAAAGUCAAGUUGGUCCUGAAGCACAACAGGUACUUUGUUGAAAGCUCCCACCCUGAUGUUAUCCAGCAUCUUCUUCAGGAUCCAGUGAUUCGGGAGUGCCGCCUGAGGAGCUCCGAGGGGGAGGCCACUGAGCUCAUCACAGAGACUUUCACAAGCAGAUCUGCUAUUGCAAAGACUGCUGAAGGCAGUGGUGGGCCCUCCACUUCCCGGGAGGCAGAUCCACAGGGUAAAUCUGACAUCCCCACGGACCUCUUUGACUUUUAUGAGCAAAUGGACAAGGAUGAGGAGGAAGAAGAAGAGACACAGACAGUAUCUUUUGAAGUCAAGCAGGAGAUGAUUGAGGAACUUCAGAAACGUUGCAUCCACCUCGAGUACCCUCUGUUGGCAGAAUAUGACUUCCGGAACGAUUCUGUUAACCCUGAUAUCAACAUUGACCUGAAGCCCACCGCUGUCCUCAGGCCUUACCAGGAGAAGAGCCUGCGGAAGAUGUUUGGGAAUGGGCGUGCGCGGUCAGGGGUCAUUGUGCUUCCUUGCGGUGCUGGGAAGUCCCUGGUUGGCGUGACAGCUGCCUGCACUGUCAGAAAACGCUGUCUGGUGCUGGGCAACUCCGCUGUGUCUGUGGAGCAGUGGAAAGCCCAGUUCAAGAUGUGGUCCACCAUCGACGACAGCCAGAUCUGCCGCUUCACCUCCGAUGCCAAGGACAAGCCCAUCGGCUGCUCCAUUGCCAUUAGCACCUACUCCAUGCUGGGCCAUACCACCAAGAGGUCCUGGGAGGCUGAGCGCGUCAUGGAGUGGCUCAGAACUCAGGAGUGGGGCCUCAUGAUCCUGGACGAGGUCCACACCAUACCUGCCAAGAUGUUUCGACGGGUGCUCACCAUUGUGCAGGCCCACUGCAAGCUGGGUUUGACCGCAACCCUGGUCCGGGAAGAUGACAAAAUUGUUGACUUAAAUUUUCUGAUCGGGCCCAAGCUCUAUGAAGCCAACUGGAUGGAGCUGCAGAACAACGGCUACAUCGCCAAAGUCCAGUGUGCUGAGGUUUGGUGCCCGAUGUCUCCUGAGUUUUACAGGGAGUAUGUAGCAAUCAAAACCAAGAAACGAAUCUUGCUGUACACCAUGAACCCCAACAAAUUCAGAGCUUGCCAGUUUCUGAUUAAGUUUCAUGAAAGGAGGAAUGACAAGAUUAUUGUCUUUGCUGAUAACGUGUUUGCCCUGAAGGAAUAUGCCAUUCGACUGAACAAACCCUAUAUCUAUGGUCCUACAUCCCAGGGCGAAAGGAUGCAGAUCCUCCAGAAUUUCAAGCACAACCCCAAAAUCAACACCAUCUUCAUAUCCAAGGUGGGUGACACAUCGUUUGAUCUGCCAGAAGCAAAUGUCCUCAUUCAGAUCUCCUCUCACGGUGGCUCCCGGCGGCAGGAGGCCCAGAGGCUAGGGCGAGUGCUCCGAGCCAAAAAAGGGAUGGUUGCAGAGGAGUACAACGCCUUCUUCUACUCGCUGGUCUCCCAGGACACACAGGAAAUGGCUUACUCAACCAAGCGGCAGAGGUUCUUGGUAGAUCAGGGUUAUAGCUUUAAGGUGAUCACAAAGCUUGCUGGCAUGGAGGAGGAAGAGUUGGCAUUUUCAACGAAAGAAGAACAGCAGCAGCUCUUACAGAAAGUCCUGGCCGCCACUGACCUGGACGCUGAGGAAGAGGUGGUGGCAGGAGAAUUUGGCUCGAAGUCCAGCCAGGUGUCCCGGCGCUGUGGGACCAUGAGCUCCAUGUCUGGGGCGGACGACACCGUGUACAUGGAGUACCACUCGGCGCGGAGCAAGGCCGCCAGCAAGCACGUGCACCCGCUGUUCAAGCGCUUCCGCAAGUGAGGCGGGCCGGCGGCGAAGCGGCUCUCCUCCGGCCUUGGCCAGGCUGAUGUCGGUUUAGGGUCUGACUGUUGAAGAAAAUGCGUAAGAACGUGGGUCUGUCUUCAUGCAUUAGUCCAGGGUUUAAAAAAGUAGAGGACUCUAUUUUUAUGGUCUUUUCAGACCACUUUUCAAACUUGUUGGGGAGUGGUUGUUCCCGUAUAUGAAAUUUGCAAUAUUUAAGGUAUACUUUCCUUACUGUUCUCUUGAAUAAACAAAUGGACCAUUGAACCA